AUGACGUCUUCAUCCAUACAUGAACAUUUGCCAUGUCGCUACAAUGAUUACCGAUGUAGAAGUGGCCAGUGUGUUAAUUCAAAUUCUUACUGUAACGGUCGUUAUGAUUGUUACGAUGGAAGUGAUGAAGAUAACUGUCAUUCAAGGGUGAACCAAACCAGCGCUCCGGUUCAACCAUCGCUAACAGACGUAAGAAUUGUUGAUGGUUCAUACAAUGAAGGACGAGUGGAGGUUUAUUAUAACGGCACAUGGGGAACAGUUUGUGAUGAUGGUUGGGACAUGAACGAUGCUCGUGUUGUCUGCAGACAGCUUGGUUUUCAUGAUGCAGAAGCUGCUUAUCAGGGUAGUAAUGUUCGCGAUGGAACCGGACAGAUUUGGCUUGAUAAUGUUAAUUGUAGAGGUUCUGAGUCGUCGCUAUUUUUAUGCAGUCAUCGAGGAUGGGGAAAUCACAACUGUGGUCACAGUGAAGACGCUGGUGUUCGAUGUAGAGUUAAUGGAGACGUAAGAAUUGUUGAUGGUUCAUACAAUGAAGGACGAGUGGAGGUUUAUUAUAACGGCAGAUGGGGAACAGUUUGUGAUGAUGGUUGGGACAUGAACGAUGCUCGUGUUGUCUGCAGACAGCUUGGUUUUCAAGAUGCAAAAGCUGCUUAUCAGGGUCGUAAUGUUAGCGAUGGAACUGGACAGAUUUGGCUUGAUGAAGUUGAUUGUAGAGGUUCUGAGUCAUCGCUAUUUUCAUGCAGUCAUCGAGGAUGGGGAAUUCACAACUGUGGUCACAGUGAAGACGCUGGUGUUCGAUGUGGAGUCAAUGGAGGUUAG